GGUGUGGGGUAGAAUGGCCGCUGCCGCCGUCACCCGCGGGACCCCGGGAGACUCCCCCUCCCCCCGGCCCCUCAGGCCGGGGGUGACCUUGCCCCCUGGAGCCCUCACCAUGAAUACCAAGGAUACCACCGAGAUUGCUGAGAACAGCCACCACUUGAAGAUCUUCCUCCCCAAGAAGCUGCUGGAGUGUCUUCCUCGCUGCCCGCUGCUGCCUCCAGAGCGGCUGCGGUGGAAUACAAAUGAGGAGAUUGCAUCCUACCUGAUCACCUUUGAGAAGCAUGAUGAGUGGCUAUCCUGUGCCCCAAAGACAAGACCUCAAAAUGGCUCCAUCAUCCUCUACAACCGCAAGAAGGUGAAAUACCGGAAGGAUGGUUACCUCUGGAAGAAGCGAAAGGAUGGGAAAACCACCCGAGAGGACCACAUGAAGCUGAAGGUCCAGGGCAUGGAGCCUGUCUCCUGGCAGUGUCUCUAUGGCUGCUACGUUCACUCUUCCAUCGUCCCCACAUUCCAUCGGCGCUGCUAUUGGCUGCUCCAGAACCCUGACAUCGUCCUUGUGCACUACCUGAACGUCCCAGCCCUCGAGGAUUGUGGAAAGGGCUGCAGCCCCAUCUUUUGUUCCAUCAGCAGCGACCGGCGAGAGUGGCUGAAGUGGUCCCGGGAGGAGCUUUUGGGACAGCUGAAGCCCAUGUUUCAUGGCAUCAAGUGGAGCUGCGGGAAUGGGACAGAAGAGUUCUCUGUGGAACAGCUGGUGCAGCAAAUCUUGGACACACACCCAACCAAGCCUGCACCCCGAACCCAUGCCUGUCUCUGCAGUGGGGGCCUUGGUUCUGGGAGCCUUACCCACAAAUGCAGCAGUACGAAACAUCGCAUCAUCUCUCCCAAAGUGGAGCCCCGACCUUUAACCCUGACCUCUAUCCCCCAGUCCCAACCCCCUGAGCCUCCUCCACUGAUAGCCCCACUUCCCUCAGAGCUCCCCAAGGCACAUGCCUCCCCAUCUUCUUCUUCCUCCUCCUCUUCCUCAUCAGGCUUUGCAGAACCCCUAGAAAUCAGACCUAGCCCUCCCACCUCUAGAGGGAGUUCAUCAAGAGGAGGUACUGCCAUCCUCCUCCUGACAGGACUGGAACAGCGUGCAGGGGGCUUGACAGCCACCAGGCACUUGGCUCACCAGACUGAGCGUAGGCCGUCUGUGAGCUUGGCUGUGGUUGUAGGCUCUGAGCCCGCUGCCCUACCAGCUCCUCCCAGCCCUGCCUUUGACCCUGAUCGUUUUCUCAACAGCCCUCAAAGGGGCCAGACAUAUGGAGGGGGACAGGGGGUGAACCCAGACUUCCCUGAAGCAGAGGCUGCCCGUACCCCUUGUCCUGCCCUAGAGCCUGCUGCUGCCCUGGAGCCCCAGGCAGCUGCUCGGGCACCCCCUCCACAGUCUGGAACAAGUGGGAGAAGAGGAAACUGCUUCUUCAUCCAAGAUGAUGAUAGUGGAGAGGAGCUCAAGAGCCAGGGGGCUGCCCCACCUGUACCUUCACCCCCUCCUUCAUCCCCAUCCUCACCUGCCCCCUCAGAGCCAUCCGGCAGGGUAGCAAGAGGGGAGGCCUUAUUUGGAGGACCUGGUGGGGCCAGUGAAUUGGAGCCCUUCAGUCUUUCAUCAUUCCCAGACCUUAUGGGAGAACUCAUCAGCGAUGAAGCUCCAAGCAUCCCUGCCCCAACUCCACAGCUCUCUCCUGUUCUUAGCACCAUCACAGACUUCUCCCCAGAAUGGUCAUAUCCAGAGGGUGGGGUCAAGGUGCUCAUCACAGGUCCUUGGACGGAGGCCGCCGAGCAUUACUCCUGUGUCUUUGAUCACAUCGCAGUGCCAGCCUCACUUGUCCAGCCUGGUGUCUUACGCUGCUACUGUCCUGCCCACGAGGUGGGGCUGGUAUCUUUGCAGGUGGCAGGACGGGAGGGCCCCCUUUCUGCUUCUGUGCUCUUUGAAUAUCGAGCCCGCAGAUUCCUGUCUCUGCCUAGUACACAGCUUGACUGGUUGUCACUGGAUGACAACCAGUUCCGGAUGUCCAUCCUGGAGCGGUUGGAGCAGAUGGAGAAGCGUAUGGCAGAGAUUGCAGCAGCCGGCCAAGCACCUUGUCAGGGUCCUGAGGCUCUUCCAAUUCAGGAUGAAGGCCAAGGGCCUGGAUUUGAGGCACGGGUGGUCAUCUUGGUAGAAAACAUGAUCCCACGCUCUACCUGGAGAGGUCCUGAACGUCUGACCCAUGGAAGCCCCUUCCGGGGCAUGAGUCUUCUGCACCUGGCUGCUGCUCAGGGUUAUGCGCGCCUCAUUGAGACCCUGAGCCAGUGGCGGAGUGUGGAGACUGGAAGCUUGGACUUAGAACAAGAGGUUGACCCGCUCAACGUGGAUCAUUUCUCUUGCACCCCUCUGAUGUGGGCUUGUGCCCUGGGACACCUGGAAGCUGCUGUGCUUCUUUUCCGUUGGAACCGUCAGGCACUGAGCAUUCCUGAUUCUCUGGGCCGUCUACCCCUGACUGUGGCUCACUCCCGGGGUCACGUACGCCUUGCCCGCUGCCUUGAGGAACUGCAGAGACAGGAAGCUUCAAUUGAACCCUCACUUGCCCUGUCACCGCCUUCCUCCAGCUCAGACACUGGUCUGAGCAGCGUCUCCUCACCCUCGGAGCUAUCAGAUGGCACUUUCUCCAUCACAUCCGCCUACUCUAGUGCCCCGGAUGGCAGUCCUCCCCCUGCUCCUAUGUCAGCCUCUGAGAUUACUAUGGAGGAGAUGGUCCCAAGCCAACUCUCCUCUGAUGCCCCAGAGGCACCCCUACUCCUCAUGGACUUUGAAGCUACCAACUCCAAAGGGUCCCCACCCUCCCCUCCUGUCCUCCCACCAGCCCCAGAUGAUGGGGCUGCUCCAGAGGACACCGACAGCUCACCUGCUGUGGAUGUGAUCCCGGUGGACAUGAUCUCACUAGCCAAGCAGAUCAUUGAAGCCACACCAGAACGGAUUAAACGAGAGGACUUUGUGGGGCUACCCGAGGCUGGCAGGGAGCGGACAGGGGCCGUGGGGCUCAGUGAGACCAUGUCCUGGCUGGCCAGCUACCUGGAGAAUGUGGACCACUUCCCCAGCUCAGCCCCUCCCAGUGAACUGUCCUUUGAGCGAGGCCGCCUGGCUAUCCCUCCAGCACCUUCCUGGGCAGAGUUUCUCUCUGCAUCUACCAGUGGCAAGAUGGAAAGUGAUUUUGCCCUGCUGACACUAUCAGAUCAUGAGCAGCGGGAACUGUAUGAGGCAGCCCGAGUCAUCCAGACGGCAUUCCGAAAGUACAAGGGCCGGCGGCUGAAGGAGCAGCAGGAGGUAGCAGCAGCUGUGAUCCAGCGCUGUUAUAGGAAGUACAAGCAGUUUGCACUCUAUAAGAAGAUGACCCAGGCAGCCAUCCUGAUCCAGAGCAAGUUCCGAAGCUACUAUGAACAGAAGCGAUUUCAGCAGAGCCGCAGAGCUGCUGUACUCAUCCAGCAGCACUACCGCUCCUACCGUCGCCGGCCCUCAGGCCCCAUGCCAGCGCGUAACAACUCCUUUCUCACAAAGAAGCAGGACCAGGCAGCCCGUAAAAUUAUGAGAUUCCUCCGGCGUUGCCGACACAGGAUGAGGGAACUGAAGCAGAACCAGGAGCUGGAAGGGCUUCCCCAGCCAGGACUGGCCACCUGACCUCUCCACAGCCGCCUCACCACCCUGGGGACGCUUCUGGCAGUCUUAACUUGGAGAGGGCUUUCUGGGGCAGGGGGAAUCCCCUGUCGGCAGCUUUCCCUUUCAUCUUUGUUCGAACCUUUCGUGGGCCUCUCCCCUCCUCUUCCCAGCCCGAAUUCCUACACCUCGCCCUUCCUCCCUCCUCUUUUGGUCCCUGACUCCAGAAAAACCUCGCCCCACAUACCUGCAUCUUCAGCUGUGACUUGCGGAGCCCUGCCUGCCCCUUUUCCACAGCUCUCUCCCUGCCUGCACCCAACUCCCCUCUUCCUGACUUGCCUUAUUUAUUUGUUCGACGCGUCUCUGAAUGUAUAAGCCUGGGUCCCCACCUUUGCCUUCGCUGCGCGCGCCCUAGUGUUUCGGGGCUAGUCGAAGCCCCAUCCCGACUCCGCAUGUUUGCGUCUGUUUUCUCCCUUCCUGGCCCUGUCUUACCCAGUCACCCCGACUCUGGCCACCCACCUCCGGGCCAAAGGGGAGGGGAUGUACAUAGGAACGCAUUGCGGAGUCCCGCCCCCGCCCCCGAGGGGAGGGGGCUUGUACAUACUGUAACAUACAGAGUAUAGUGAAAAAUCUAUUUAAGGCGCGGGGAGGUCUGUGCGGCAGGGGCCUCCCGCCGACUCCACGAGCACUUUCUACUUGUGCAUGGGCUUGGUUUAUACAAAUUGCCAUUAAACAUCGCU